AUGUCCAUAGACCUCAACUGGGAGGCCGCAACCUCCGGGCCCGAUGGUGAACAACUCGCUGAACGAAUCCGCUCCUUCAUCCACGACAAAUUCCAACAAGUCCCACUCCCACGAUUCAUACGUUCCGUAAACGUGCACUCGUUUGAAUUCGGUAGUAUUGCGCCCGAGUUGGAGAUUAAGGAUAUUUGUGACCCGUUUGUGGAUUUUUAUGAGGAGAGUGAUAGUAGUGAAGAUGAGGAUGGGGAAGGACAUGAUGCGGAGUCAGAUACGUCUUCAGAUCGAGCGGCGGAUUCGACGGCGGAUAAGCGAGACAUGAGAUAUGGACAUGAUGAUAGAGGAAAUAAUGGUCAUAUUCCAAAUCAUCACGAUCAUCUACGAACGUCGCAGUGGGUUGCGGGCGGAACUGAUGGUCAUUCCACGCAGUCACCGCUACGGUCACCAAUUGGGUUGGGCGAUCAUCUGAAUGCGCACUUUAGGUCUACGACGCCAAAUAUACUCCCUGGCGUUACGUCGAAUCUGGGUUAUCAUUUAAUGAUGGGGAAUUUAUCAGGGACACAGACUCCGCUUGCUGCUGUCGCAGGUGGCACGCCGUUUGGGCCUGGAUGGCCUGAUGCUGUGAUGAAUCAGGGUUCUCGAAUGACAGACCAUACUACAGGGAGAACACGAAGGGAAGAUCAUAACAAAAACGAAACUGGCUCGCCAUCCCGGCCAUCAACUGCACAUACCAAUCCCACUCAACUAUCACACGGACGAAGUGCAGCCAGUUCCUCGAACAACACCAGCAAUGACCCGACGGUAAUCUACAAUGACCACACAUCUUCCACAACCGCGACCACGUACGGACUCCAUGAAGGAGGCGAUCGACCACGAGACAAACACGGACAUAGAAUAGAUCAAGAAGAACCCCCGCCAUCACCAACACCGCACAUGCGCGAACGUCGCCCGGAAGAUUUCCAAGUAAUCUGCCGCGUGAAAUAUGCCGGAGACGUAAAACUCUCCCUAACAGCAGAGAUCUUACUCGAUUAUCCAAUGCCCAGCUUUGUGGGCCUACCGUUGAAAUUGAAUAUUACAGGUAUCACUUUCGACGGCGUUGCCGUAGUAGCGUAUAUUCGUCGACGGGCUCAUUUGUGUUUUUUGUCGCCUGAAGAUGCAGAUGCAUUGUUGGGUGAUGAAGAUGAUAUCCAACAUCCAUCAUACUCUACAGCAAACACCACCACCGCGGCAUCAGGCAGUUCAACCGAUAAUAAUAAUAAUAAUAAUGAAAGCAACGACCAUCCUAACCACCCACCACAACCAAGACGCCGUUUCGGCAGCCUCUUACAACAAAUCCGCGUCGAUAGCGAAAUCGGUCGCAAGGAGAACGGGAAACAGGCCCUGAAAAACGUGGGUAAAGUCGAGCGAUUCGUGCUUGAUCAGGUUCGACGCAUUUUUGAGGAUGAGACGGACGGACUAGUCACAUUGUUCUAUUAUUUCUCGGGAGUUAUAAGCUUGAUGAUACCCAUUUUCAUGGAUAGGUUAUGA